AUGGCGCUCCGGUACCGCUUGGCAUGUGGGACCAACGUGGGGAACCUGCCCAAUCUGGGAACCUGCCCAAUCUUCCCCAGACUGAUACGAAAGGCCCAGGGGUUGACCAGUAUGGGUGUCAAGAAGCUGGCCAUCCUUCUCCUCGUCUUCUUGGUCUGGAUAGAGGGAGGAUGCACUAAAGAAAAAGGGACAAAGAAAGGGAAGAAGGGGAAGCAAGUCUACUGUCCUUCACAGCUGACACCUGAGGAUCUCGCACGGGUCCCUGAGAAUUCAACCAGUAACAUCUUGAACAGAUUACUGAUCACAUAUGAUCCUCGAAUCAGGCCCAACUUCAAAGGCAUUCCUGUGGAGGACAAAGUGAACAUAUUUAUAAACAGCUUUGGGUCAAUCCAGGAGACCACUAUGGAUUACAGAGUGAACAUCUUUCUGAGGCAGCGAUGGAAUGAUCCCAGACUCAGGCUACCUCGGGACUUUAAGUCUGACUCACUCACCGUUGAUCCCAAGAUGUUCAAAUGCCUGUGGAAGCCUGAUUUGUUCUUCGCUAACGAGAAGAGCGCCAACUUCCACGACGUCACCCAGGAGAACAUUCUCCUCUUCAUCUUCCGCAACGGUGACGUCCUCAUCAGCAUGAGGUUGUCUGUCACUCUAUCCUGUCCUUUGGACCUGACCCUGUUCCCCAUGGAUACGCAACGCUGUAAGAUGCAGCUGGAGAGCUUUGGCUAUACGACGGAUGACCUGCAGUUUAUGUGGCAGUCAGGGGACCCUGUCCAGAUGGAGGAGAUCGCCCUGCCCCAGUUUGAUAUCAAACAGGAGGACAUAGAGUAUGGAAACUGCACCAAAUUCUAUGCAGGGACAGGCUACUACACGUGUGUGGAGGUGAUAUUCACCCUGAGGAGGCAGGUGGGCUUCUACAUGAUGGGUGUCUAUGCCCCCACACUUCUCAUUGUGGUCCUCUCCUGGCUCUCCUUCUGGAUCAACCCUGAUGCCAGCGCUGCCAGGGUCCCUCUGGGGAUCCUCUCGGUGCUCUCCCUGUCUUCUGAGUGCACGUCCCUGGCGUCAGAGCUGCCCAAGGUUUCCUACGUGAAGGCCAUCGACAUCUGGCUGAUCGCCUGCCUACUGUUUGGCUUCGCCUCGCUGGUGGAGUACGCCGUGGUGCAGGUGAUGCUCAACAGCCCCAAGCGCAUCGAGGCCGAGAAGGCCAAGAUGGCAUCCAAGGUGAAGGCAGAGGGUAAGGAGAAGGCGGCAGGCAAGAACAACACGGUCAACGGUACCAGCGAGACGCCCUGUCAUGUCAGCACACUGCAGGGGGCAGAGACCCGGUGCAAAAAGGUGUGCACCUCCAAAUCGGACCUGCGCACCAACGACUUCAGCAUUGUUGGCUCACUGCCGCGGGACUUUGAGCUCUCGAACUUUGACUGCUACGGGAAGCCCAUUACCUUGCCCCACGGCCUGAGCAAAAGCCAGGCCAAGGCAAAGAAACCGCCGCCGCCCAAGCCCAUCAUCCCCUCAGCUGCCAAGCGGGUCGACCUCUAUGCCCGAGCCCUCUUCCCCUUCUCCUUCCUCUUCUUCAACGUCAUCUAUUGGUCCGUGUACUUGUGA